GCUAUGAGGACAGAUUCAUCAGAAAUGAGUGAUGUGGAGUCUGUAGUCACCAGUUUUGCAUCUUCAGCAAGGGCAGGCCGCCGGAAUGCCUUACCGGACAUCCAAAGUUCAGCUGCUACGGGCGGAACCUCAGAUUUGCCUGCCAAACUGGAGGCUCUCGGCGUGAAGGAAGGUAACACUCAGAAUCCUUUUAAAAUCAUGAGCACACUCUCUCCUUAUUCAGUCAAUCUUUUCCCCUUGAACAGUUUCACUUUUACCUAG